AUGACUUCCCCUAAGCUAGCGACUGACAUCGACCUGCGCCAAAUCGACUCGACGACUUCAACACUCGAGCAUAUUGCGACGGCCGAGUCCCAAGCACCUACCCUGGUCCGAUCGCGCUCCGGAGCGCCUGAGGAGCUGCAUCUGAAGCAAGCCGUCAAGCAAUACCCGAAAAUCACACGCUAUGUCUUCUUCCUCAUGUCCGCCGUCCUGCUUUACGGCUAUGAUCUAGUCAUCGUUGGAACUAUUCCAGCAGUCCCCGGCUUCCAACGAGACUUCGGCCAACUUCAUCGCGAUGGCGACGAUGAACAGCACAUCAUCCCUGCCCUGUGGUUGUCUCUUUGGAGCGCCCUAGGCCCAGCUGGCUCACUGGCUGGUGCUAUCUUCGCGGGAUGGCUUCAGGAUCGCAUCGGUCGGCGACGAUGUCUCGCAACGGGCAGCUUUAUGUCUGCGGUGGCGGUUGCAAUUCUCUUCGUGUGUAACAAACCGACCGCCAUCGAAGUGCGACGCGGGGUGUUCCUACUCGGCAAGAUCAUCCAAGGCGUCGCCAUUGGCAUCAUCAACAUUCAAACCAUCACCUACGUGUCCGAGACCAUCCCGACGUGCCUCCGCGGCCCGGCUCUGGCCCUCUUCCCCGCCUUCACGCUGCUUGGCCAACUCAUCGGCGCCAUUGUCAUCUUCCUCGUGUCCCGCAUCGACUCCUCCGCCAGCUACCUCAUCGCUUUCGCAUCCCAGUGGCCCUUCUCCGUCGGACCCUUCAUACUUGCGCUCAUGAUGCCCGAAUCCCCGGCCUACCUGAUCCGCAAGAAGCGCAUGGACGAGGCGCAGCGCUCCCUGCACCGGCUCUUUGCGCCCAAGGUCGACCCCGCAGCAGCAUUCGAGCAUAUGCGCCUCUCGAUUGAAGCCGAAGAGCGCAUGGCUCGCCAAGUCAGCUACCGCGAUUGCGUCAAUCGAACCAACCGUAGGAGAACUUGGAUAGUGGUCUUCGCCAGUAUCGUCACCGCGAUUAUCGGCCUUCCGCUACUGGCCUCCGCGAGCUACUUCUUGCAAGUGGUGGGUAUGAGCGCUUUCAAUAGCCUGCUAUUCCUCAUCGUGGGCAUCAUCUUGGGUCUGCUCGCGAACGUUGCUUCCGUCUGGGUGCUCUCGCGCGUGGGCCGGCGACAACUGACCAUCACCACGCUGCUCAUCGGCGCCGUGCUGUGGGGUGGCAUGGGCAUCUGUGGCUUCUGGGACGGUGUCGUCACGGUGUGGUACACAGCCAUUUCUUGCAUGGCCAUCAUCGUGGUUGUCGGGGUUGGAGCGUGGCCCGCAUCCUAUGCCAUCCGCAGCGAAGCCAGCGCCUUACGCCUCCGCUCCAAGUCUCAGGGCAUCGCGGGCCUCUUCGACUAUCUGAGCUCCAUCGCGCUGAAUUUGGUCCUGCCAUACAUCUACAACCCUGACGCCGGCAAUCUGAAGGCCAGGACCGGUUUCAUCUUCACCGGCCUGUGUCUCAUCGGCGCAGUGGUGACGUUCCUCGACGUGCCGGAGAUGAAAGGACGGAAUGUGCUGGAGCUGGAUGCCAUGUUCAAGCUCGGGCUCAAGACCAGAGAAUUCCGCUCCUGGAACGGGAGCGCGGAGGAAGUCGAAGCAGCAGUGCGAGAAGACGAGACCGAGGAGGGCUUGAGUGCGUUGCGGGCAAACGGCCUGGACAAGUCAGCAACGACAGCGAAACCGGAUCCUUGA